AUGCCAAAUUUCACAGAGGUAACAGAAUUUAUUCUUGUGGGGUUGACGAGUCAUCAAGAGCUCCGGGUUCUGUUUUUUGUGGUGUUCCUGGUAGUUUACACGAUCACUCUGUUAGGGAAUAUUGGUAUGAUUAUUUUGAUUGGCAUCAGUCCCCAGCUUCAGAGCCCGAUGUACUUUUUCCUGAGUCAUUUGUCUUUUGUGGAUGUGUGUUUCUCCUCCAACGUUACCCCCAAAAUGCUGGAAAACUUACUGUCAGAGACCAAAACCAUCUCCUACGUGGGGUGUUUGCUGCAGUGCUACGUUUUCAUUGCUCUUGCCCAUGUCGAGGUCUACAUCUUGGCAGUGAUGGCCUUCGACCGCUACAUGGCCAUCUGCAACCCCUUGAUUUAUGGCAGCAAAAUGUCCAGGACUGUGUGUGUUCGGCUCAUCUCCGUACCUUACAUCUACGGAUUCUCUGUGAGUUUAAUGUGCACGCUGUGGACUUACGGCUUGUAUUUCUGUGGCAACUUUGAAAUCAACCACUUUUAUUGUGCAGACCCUCCCCUCAUCAAGAUCGCUUGUGGAGGGGUGCACAUCAAGGAGUACACAAUGAUUGUUAUUGCUGGAAUUAACUUCACCUACUCUCUCUCCGUGGUCCUUAUCUCUUACUCGCUGAUUGUGGUAGCCGUGCUGCGCAUGCGCUCUGCAGAUGGGAGGAAGAAGGCAUUCUCUACGUGCGGAUCACAUCUGACCGCUGUUUCCUUGUUCUAUGGGACCCUGAUCUUCAUGUACCUGAGGCGACCAACGGAGGAGUCGGUGGAGCAGGGGAAAAUGGUGGCUGUGUUUUAUACCACAGUGAUUCCCAUGCUGAACCCCAUGAUCUAUAGUCUGAGGAACAAGGAUGUGAAAGAGGCGUUCACCAAAGCAAUGACCAAGACAUGCUUGGGGCAGUGA